AUGGCGAUUGCUUUGGCUGAGGCCGAUAAGUAUGAGAUCUUGGACAAGAUUGGUUGCGGUUCCUUUGGAAUCAUUCGCAAAGUCAAGCGGAAGACAGACGGCUUCAUACUAUGCCGCAAAGAAAUCAACUACAUCAAGAUGUCUCAGAAGGAACGGGAACAACUCACCGCUGAGUUCAACAUCUUGAGUUCCCUACGUCACCCAAACAUUGUCGCAUAUUACCACCGAGAACAUCUCAAGGCCAGCCAGGACCUGUAUCUGUACAUGGAGUACUGCGGUGGUGGCGAUCUGGGAAUGGUGAUCAAGAACUUGAAGAAAGCGAACAAAAAUGCCGAAGAAGAGUUCGUUUGGCGCAUUCUUUCUCAGCUCAUCACUGCUUUGUUUCGAUGUCACUACGGAUCCGACCCCGCGGAGGUGGGAUCGAACAUUUUGGGUCCGCCUCCUAAGCCAUCGGGUCUCAAGGGCAAACAAGGACAGGUUACAAUUUUGCACCGUGAUCUCAAGCCUGAGAACAUUUUCCUCGGUAGCGACAACACCGUCAAACUCGGUGAUUUUGGGUUGUCCAAGCAAAUGCAAUCCCAUGAUUUCGCAUCGACAUAUGUUGGUACACCUUUCUACAUGUCACCCGAAAUUUGCGCGGCUGAGAAAUACACCUUGCGUUCCGACAUUUGGGCUGUUGGCUGCAUCAUGUAUGAGCUCUGCCAGAAAGAGCCCCCUUUCAAUGCGCGCACGCACAUUCAGCUAGUUCAGAAAAUCCGCGAGGGCAAAUACGCCCCUCUGCCUGAUUAUUACUCGCCAGAACUGAAGAACGUUAUCGGAAGCUGUCUGCGCGUGAAUCCUGAUCACCGCCCUGAUACCGCUACUUUGAUCAAUCUUCCCAUCAUUCGCUUGAUGCGCAAGGAGAAAGAAGUUGUUGACCUCGGCAAAACACUCCGGCGCCGCGAGGAGCUUGCUGUCACCAAAGUGCGCGAAAUGGAGCAGAACCUCGCCAAGAGGGAGUUAGAGAGUCAACAGAUCAAGGCCGAGAUUGAAAAUACCGUUCGGAGAGAAUGGGAGGUCAAAGCCCGCUUGGAAAUCGACCGUCAGGUGCAGAGUGAGCUCGAUCGCCUGCGCAAGCGAUUUGAGACCGAGGUGCAAGAAAGAGUUGCCAUUGAGGUCAAGAAAUAUAAGCAAACCAUCGGCAAUACCAAUACCACCACCACGACCUCCCGCGAUGACGUUUUCCGGACUAGCACACACGGUUCUGGGUCCUCUAGAUCCAGCAACCAGGGCUGGCGAUCAUCUCGAUCAUCUGCCAAUAUGACAGAUGACUCUGAAAAUACCCCCUCAUCUGAUAUCAGUCAGCUAUCUCUCGGCUCCCCUCCGUCUAACAGCCGCAAACAACCUAAGAAGGAGACACGGACCCCAUUCUGCCGGUCCAAGACCGUUGUCGACUCACCAGUCGAUGUUCAGAUGGCCGAGCCCUCACCAAUUUCCAUUGCUUCACUCUCACUUUCGCCUCGACGAACAUCUGCCCAAGGAGGCGCUCGUAAUAUCUUCGCAGAAGCCGAGCGAAACAAGGCCAAGUGGGAACCUACCCUGGCCUACUCUGACGAUGAAGAUGAUACCCCCGAUUUACCCUCGCCUACCCGCCCAAAGGUGAAGCCCGAUCCAUUGAAGGCCCCCCGACGGCCUCUACUCCGCCAAAACACUGCGGCCUUUAUGCAGAAACUUAGCACCCAGCCAUCACUGUUUCCGUCGGGGGGUACCCGGCUUCCUCAAUCCGUCAGUGCAUCUGCAUCCCAAUCCGAAGAGCGCAACGCGAGUGAGACCAGAGCCAGAUCUCCUCACCGACGCCUGACCAAGAUCCCUUCAUCCGCAAACCUUGCUGCCGAUGCCGGUGGCUCGCCAACCCGCAAGAGCAAUUCGAAGCAAGCCCCUCCCAAGAAUGGCGGCGGCGGUGGUGAAGAGAUGUUCAAGGCCGUUAUGCAGCGGAACAUGGGUGGCCGCACCCUUGUUGAACUUGCACAGGCCAGAGCUGGGGGACGUCCGAUGGACGAGGUCAAGCGUUGUGCCAGUGACUCACGUGCUGCCGGUCCCACCAUGAGCAUGAAGUGCUCUGAUGCUCCUGCUAUUUGGAACCCUGAGCUGGAUGAGAUGCCCAGCCCCUUCCUUGUUCGCGGCAAGAAGGUCAUCCGCAACCUGCGGUAG